GCAACGCCUCUCCUCUGUGAGUACUCUCUAGUAAUGUCAUGCGCGUCGUCUCCCUCCCCUGUGCUCGGGAUGUCCGGAUCGCGGCGGUUGCAGCAGCCUGCCGGCCGGACCGACGAGUUGUUGAUCCCCUUCCUAACCGGCCGCUGCAGCUGCCAUGUACUAGCAGCAAGCAGCGCCCGCCUUGACUCCUGCAGCUGCCCUGUCCGAUCAGGCGAACAGGGAGAGGAGAAGAUGCCUCCGCCGCCGCCGACGCCUACACCGCCGCUCAUCCGCCUGGGCCCCCCGCACCCGUACCUGAAGACCCACGGAGGCAAGGUCGCGAGGCUGCACCUGUACGACUGGGUCGUGCUGACCCUUCUCGUCGCCAUCGACGUGGGGCUCAACCUCAUCGAGCCGUUCCACCGGUUCGUCGGCGAGGACAUGAUGGCCGACCUCCGGUACCCGCUGAAGAGCAACACCGUCCCCGUCUGGGCCGUGCCGAUAUACGCAGUCAUCGGGCCGAUCAUCAUCAUCGUCGGGAUCUACAUGAAGCGGAGGAACGUCUAUGACAUGCACCAUGCCAUUCUAGGCCUUCUGUUCUCCGUGCUCAUCACCGGCGUCCUGACAGACGCGAUCAAGGACGGAGUUGGCCGGCCGCGCCCCAAUUUCUUCUGGCGCUGCUUCCCUGACGGAGUGCCGAAGUUCAACAACAUCACUACACAAGUCAUAUGCCACGGCGACCCGGCUGUGAUCAAAGAAGGGCACAAGAGCUUCCCAAGUGGCCAUUCUUCAUGGUCCUUCGCUGGGCUAGGCUUCCUGUCGUGGUACCUGGCCGGCAAGAUCAAGGCGUUCGACCGGCGCGGCCAUGUGGCCAAGCUCUGCAUCGUCCUCCUGCCGCUGCUUCUGGCUACCAUGGUCGCCAUCUCGAGGGUGGAUGACUACUGGCACCAUUGGCAAGAUGUGUUUGCCAGUGGAAUUCUCGGGUUGGUGGUUGCGUCCUUCUGCUACCUGCAAUUUUUCCCUCCACCCUCUGCGGAACAAGGAUUUUGGCCUCACGCGUACUUUGAUCACAUUCUUAACCCCGAGGGAGAGGGCCAAGUGCAGUCAACAACCAGCUCGAAUCACCAUCAAUCACUGUCGGGAGUGUCAGUUGCAAUGGAGAUGGGAAACACGAGCCAAGAACUGGGUUCCAUGGAAGAAGGCCACCGAGCUCGGUGACCGAUUGCCGCCGUGUUGCCGUACGAACAGAACCGUCCGAUCCUCACGGUCCCUGUCGAUCUGACGGCCGUGGACCGGCUAACCGUCGAGGGAAUCACGUCAGCUAGCAAAGGCUACUGCCAAACAGCAGCACAUAGAUUAUAGUUGAUUAAUUUUUCAAAAAAAAGUUUAGUGGAUUGGUACGGUAAAAGACAUGGAUUAUUUGAUGAACUUGCCUUAAAGCUCGUGGACGAGAGGGUGGAUAAGGAUUCCUGCAGCACGGCAGCUCAAUCAGUUGGCUGCGAAUAUCUGACGGGAAUGUCACUCUCUGAAACUUUGUCACACUAGGGUGUCAUCUUCUGGAAAUCCAGGUCUGAAAGCAACGCCGUUUCACUGCGUGCUCAGAUUGCAAAUCA